CCUCUUCAAUCUUCACUCUCUCAUAAUUUUCAUUAAUUAAUUAAUUCACACUUAAUAUUAAAACAUAAAAUGACAGACAAAAACCAAAUCUACCCUCCACCACCCAAGUCCACCACCAACGGCACUGCCCCGUCGUUCCCGGCGACAAAACCGCAACUCUAUGGGACCAUUCGUCCGACCUACCGUGCUCAAAGCCACCACCGACAUCGUAGCAACAACCGUAAUUGGUGUUGCACCAUUUGUUUUUGGCUUAUUCUAAUACUGAUCUUCAUCCUCCUCGUCCUUGGCCUCGCCGGCACCGCCGUCUACCUCCUCUACCAUCCCCAACGUCCUUCCUUUUCCGUCAACUCACUCAAACUCACCUCCGACGAGUUUGACCUCACUCUUUCCACCACCAAUCCUAACGAGAAGAUCAAAUUUUCUUACGAACCAAUCUCCGUUUCAAUAAUCGCGGGCGAAGUGGACGUUGGCGAAGGAGUUAUUCCUUCGUUUGAACAUGAGACGAAGAACACAACGAUGUUGAAAGCUUCUGUUGAGAAGAGGGGUUUGAAGAAGAAGAAGAUUGGAUCGUUGGAGUUGAAUAUGAAGUUGGAGACUAAAGUGGAAGCUAAGAUGUGGAUUCUUAAGACGCCACGUGUCGGAAUAAGAGUUUUGUGUGAUGGCAUUGAUGUGGCCGGAGAGAAAGCUGUGACGGCGGCGUCUACGGCGGAUGUCAAGUGUGAUGUGGAUGUGAGGUUUAAGGUAUGGAAAUGGACUCUUGGAUGAUCGGUAUCAGAUUGUAGACAUGUUUACGUGUGUUGUUUUUUCUUUUUAUUGAUUUUCAAAUACUCUUAUAUAUUAAUUGAUUAAUUGUCCUUCACUAUAUUAUUAUUUUAUUGAAAUUUAUGUAUUUUGUUAUUUCUAAAUGUUACCUAAUAAAUUACUGUAGACUUGAA